CUCUUCCAGUCCUCAGUCCUCUCUCUCUCUCCUCUGGGGAGCGUGUCCGUAUCCAGAAUGAGCCGCUCCUCGUACGCCUCCUCCCAGUCCUCCUCUUACCGCCGCGCCUUCGGCGGACCAGGUUUUGUCACCCCACCCAUGUCCCGAGUCGUGCUAGGCCGCUCCUCGCUGGGUGGCUCAGGGGGGUCCCAUAUCAGCUCCCGGGUCUACGAGGUCAGCAAGUCGUCUACCAGCUCCCCAGGCUACUCCAGCUACCGCGCCUCCUCCUAUGGCAUCCCCAGCCUGGCGGCGGGCGUGUCCCGCUCGUAUGCGGCCGGCCUGGGCGAGACCCUGGACUUCAGUUUGGCUGAUGCCCUCAACCAGGAGUUCCUGCAGACACGCACCAAUGAGAAGGCCGAGCUGCAGCACCUGAAUGACCGCUUUGCCAGCUACAUCGAGAAGGUGCGCUUCCUGGAGCAGCAGAACCAGGCCUUGGUGGUGGAGGUGGAGCGGCUGAGGGGCCGUGAGCCCACCCGCAUCGCUGACCUGUAUGAGGAGGAGAUGAGGGAGCUGAGGCGGCAGGUGGAGGUUGUCACCAACCAGAGGUCCCGCGUAGAGGUGGAACGUGACAACCUGGCCGACGACCUGCAGAAGCUUAAGAUGAGGCUUCAGGAAGAGAUCGCACAGAGGGAGGAGGCAGAGAACAGCCUGGCAGCUUUCAGAGCUGAUGUGGACGCUGCCACGCUGGCCCGUCUGGACCUGGAGAGACGCAUAGAAACCCUGCAGGAGGAAAUUGCCUUCCUCAAGAAGAUCCACGAAGAGGAGAUUCGUGAGCUGCAGGCCCAGAUGCAGGAGACCCAGGUCCAGAUCCAAAUGGACAUGUCCAAGCCCGACCUGACGGGUGCUCUGAGAGACAUUCGUUCCCAAUACGAGGCCAUCGCCGCCAAAAACAUUGCAGAGGCUGAGGACUGGUACAAGUCCAAGGUAUCAGACCUGAAUCAAGCAGUGACCAAGAACAAUGAAGCUCUGAAGCAGGCCAAGCUGGAGACCAUGGAGUUCAGACACCAGAUUCAGUCCUACACCUGCGAGAUCGACUCGCUGAAGGGCACGAACGAGUCUCUGAUGAGGCAGAUGAGGGACAUGGAGGACCGUCACGGGCGCGAGGCCUCUGGAUUCCAGGACACCAUCACCAGACUGGAGGCUGAGAUCGCCAACAUGAAGGAUGAGAUGGCUCGCCACCUGCGCGAGUACCAGGACCUGCUCAACAUCAAGAUGGCCCUCGAUGUGGAGAUCGCCACCUACAGGAAGCUGCUGGAGGGAGAGGAGAGCAGGAUCACACUUCCCAUGCAGAGCUACUCCACCAUAAGCUUUAGAGAGACCAGUCCAGAGCACCAGCAGAGGGCGUCUGAAAUGCACUCAAAGAAAACUGUUCUUAUCAAGACUAUUGAGACCCGGGAUGGAGAGGUGGUGAGUGAGUCCACACAGCACCAGCAGGACAUCAUGUAGAGCUGCAACCAAGGAGCUAAACCACAGCAUUCAUCCCUGAAGAGUUUUAAUAAAGCAUUAGGCUAUGCCUUCA